CCCUACACCCUACCCCUCCGUUUGCGCGUUCACGCGAAGGGUCCGCCAUAUUGAGGGCUGGUCCAAAGCAAUCAGGGCGGAGGCGUAGUGGGUUAUAAAAGCCUCCGACAGCGAGUUUGCAUGGAUGCAGGCUUGAUAAUCUCACUCCACAGGUGUGCAACCGUUUUUCGGGCAUGGAGGAAACAACGUCAUACAAAUGAUGACCUGUUCUGCAAAAAACGCAAUGCUGCCAAAGAAGCAUGGGAGUCAAUCAUUAAGGAACUGGACCUUGGGCAACAUGUGUCUCACAAACAGGCCUCCAAGAAAUGGGAGAAUCUAAAAAAGAAAUACAAGGAACUUAAAAGGCCAAGGACUGGAACAGGGACUGAUCAGGAGGAAGAAACCCCUGCAACAUGGCCCUUCUUCAUGGCCAUGGAUGAGGCCAUAGGUGCAAGGCCUUCAAUUAGUCCUCCUGUCCUUGUUGCCUCAGCCUUGGCAAACCCCACAAUCCUCUUUGAUCCGGAGGCUGCUUCCUGCUCCUCUUCCUUCCCCCCCCCAAAUGUGGCUGAUGAUCCAGACCCCUCACCACCCUCAUCACUGUCUGAGGCUGGAACCACCCAGCAGCCCCCCCCCCCCAAAAAAAGAAAAGGUGCUAUGGGAGUGCUGGAGUGCCUAGAACGCGAGGCAGAAAAAGAGGACGAACGCCACAGAGAAAUAAUGCAGCAUUCAGAUACAUUUCUAACCCUGUUCGAAAAAAUGGUCGACAAAAUGUGAUUUAUUUUUCCCCCCCCACCAUUGGCUAUUUCUAUGUCUGAUUAUUGAUGUUACUUAAAAGACUUGUUUUUGUUCGCUUGUAUUAUUUAUUUGGAAGACAAUAAACAUAAUUUAACGUAC